AUGAGACCGACACAGUCCCUUCAGUCAGGCCCACACGUCCCCGUGGGAAGAUAUGGCGUGGUACUGAAAGCUGAAUCACAACCAGGAGGACAGAAGCAGCGAGGCAUCAUAACAUACGGAAUUGCGCCGAACCGGUUGAACCCGCUAGCUGGCGCCGCUCAUAACGCCAUAUUCAAUGUAUGGAGACGUUUCGCUAGCCAGGUUUGGUACUUUGCGCCGCCGAUGGUGGCCGGGUGGUAUGUGAUGUACUGGGCCGAUGAGAGGUAG